GUACUAAUCCUGACUUGGCAUUCUCACACUGAAUAUCCAACAAGCAGAUCACUUAUUGAGCAACAGUAACCAAAAAUAUAAAAUAUACAUAAAAAAUGAACUCUGACGAGGGCUUCCUGACACAGCGAUCUGUAGUCAUGGAUGUAAUGAAACAGCUGGAUGACAUGCUGAAUGUCAAUAAAAUGGACACCAAGGGCAAAGAGGAAAAGAAACCCGAGGUGGACCCAUCAAUAGGCGUUACAGAAACCAGUUUUGUGGUUUCUGCCAGGGACAUACGCAAGAAAUCCUCGCGGCCCUUCAAGAAGAUGACCAAGACCUCCAACAUGAACCAGAUAACCUUUAUGCGCCAGAUUGACGUCACUCAGCAGGACCGCGAAGAGGCUCGAGCUGAUCGUGAGCGUGUAGCAGAAAGUUUUCGCAGAUUUGGCAAUGAGGAAUUUCGCCGUACCAACUAUGAAAAGGCUAUAUAUUAUUAUUCAAAGGGUAUUCAGUAUGUGGUCGACUCGCCAGUACUUUAUUGUAACCGAGCCUUGGCCAAAAUCAAGAAGAGGGACUUCAAGUUGGCAAUUAUGGACCUAGACUAUGUGCUCUUAACACUAGACCCGCAUCACUUGAAGGCCUGGCUGUAUAAAGCCGGAGCUCUGGCCCGCCUCAAUAACGAAGUCGAGUCCCAGUAUGCAAUAUCAAUUGCCUCCCAAUUUAACAGAACCCCAAAGGAUCAAAAAUAUAUAGCAAAUUUCUUGGAGAAAUUACGAAGCGAAUUCUAAAUGGAAUUUCAUGCACUUUAUUCACCUUCAUCAAUGUUUUUUUAGGCGCAUAAAUAUUGAAA